CUCUGGGAGACAGUCGUACACAUAAAGACUUAAAAUCUUUGAAAAUGUCCGGCAUUGCAGUUAAACUUCAGCACAAUCGAGAAAAAUCGAGCGGGAUAGGAUCCAACUCUCAUGCGGUGAAAUACCUCAACCAGGACUUUGAAUCGCUGAGGAGAAGCUGUCUGGAGAGAGGACAGCUGUUUCAGGAUGACAGCUUUGAGGCUCUGCCCUCAUCCUUAGGAUAUAAUGAACUUGGACCAAAUUCCCACAAAGUACGAGGCAUCACCUGGAAAAGACCCAAGGAAUUGUGUUCCAAUCCACAAUUCAUAGUUGCGAAUGCAACCAGGACGGACAUUUGUCAAGGAGCACUUGGUGACUGCUGGCUCCUGGCAGCCAUCGCCUCCUUGACUCUCAGCAAACAGGUUCUGUCUCGCGUUGUCCCCCAUGACCAAAGCUUUGAGGACAACUAUGCUGGCAUCUUUCACUUUGAGUUCUGGCAGUUCGGUGACUGGGUGGAUGUGGUGGUUGACGACCGCUUGCCCACCAAAGAUGGAGAGCUGCUGUUUGUUCACUCAGCGGAGGGUUCAGAGUUUUGGAGCGCGCUGUUGGAGAAGGCCUAUGCCAAAAUAAAUGGAUGCUACGAGGCUCUUUCCGGAGGCAGCACCACUGAGGGAUUCGAGGACUUCACAGGAGGCAUUGCUGAGAGGCAUAAACUGAGGGACGCAAAUCCCCACCUCUUCAAAAUCAUUAAGAAGGCCCUGGACAGAGGCUCCCUUCUGGGAUGCUCCAUUGAUAUUACCAGCGCGUCUGACUCAGAAGCCGUCACCUAUCGCAAGUUGGUGAAGGGCCAUGCCUAUUCGGUGACAGGAGCGGAGCAGGUGGAGUACAGAGGAGACAGGGAGCAGCUGAUCAGGAUUAGAAACCCAUGGGGUCAGGUGGAGUGGAAUGGAGCCUGGAGUGACAAGUCUUCUGAGUGGAGAUAUGUGAGUGACGCUGUCCGGGCGAGGCUGACCAACCGUUGUGAGGAUGGGGAGUUCUGGAUGUCGUUUUCCGAAUUCCGGCGCCAAUAUUCUCAACUUGAGAUCUGCAACCUCACCCCUGAUGCACUCACAGGCGAUAAGUUCAAGAAAUGGGCAGAGUCAGAGUUUGAGGAAACUUGGAGAAGGGGCGUUUCAGCUGGUGGCUGCAGAAACUUUCCAAAUUCCUUCUGGAUGAAUCCUCAGUUUGUCAUAAAGCUGGAAGAGGUGGAUGAUGAUCCUGAUGAUGGUGAGGAUGGCUGCACCUUCAUCGUGGGCUUGAUGCAGAAGAACAGGCGGAAAAUGAGGAAAAUGGGGCAGGACACGGAGACCAUCGGCUUUGCCAUAUACGAGCUGCCUGAGGAGUACUCUGGCCAAAGGCAAGUGCACCUGAAGAAAAACUUCUUCAUGCGCAACAGUUCAGCAGCCCGCUCCGAGACCUUCAUCAACCUGAGAGAAGUGUCCAACCACUUCUGUCUUCCCCCAGGAGAAUACCUCAUCAUCCCCUCCACCUUUGAGCCCAACAAGAACGGAGACUUUUAUGUGCGGGUGUUCUCUGAGAAACAGGCAGCUUUCCAAGAGAUUGAUGAUCCGGUAGACUGCCAUGUUGAGCAGAUUGUAAUUGAUGAAGAUGACAUCAGUGACAGAUUCAAGAGACUGUUUGGACAGCUUGCUGGACAUGAUGUGGAGAUUUCUGCAUUCGAGCUGCGGAAAAUCCUCAACCGAGUGGUGGUGAAGAGACAGGACAUCAAAACCAGUGGGUUUAGCCUGACGACCUGCCGCAACAUGGUCAAUCUGCUGGACAAAGAUGGAAGCGGAAAGCUGGGGCUGGUAGAAUUUAAGAUUCUGUGGACAAAGAUUGAGAAGUUCCUGGAUGUGUACAAAGAGAAAGACACAGACCAGAGUGGCUUCAUGAGUGCAUCUGAGAUGCGGAUGGCUGUUGAGGAGAUUGGUUUCUCUCUCAACAGCCCUCUGCAUCAGAUAAUUGUGGCCCGCUACAGUGACGAAAACCUCACCAUUGACUUUGACAACUUUGUGUGCUGCGUGAUCCGCUUGGAGUCACUCUUCAACGUCUUCAAGACCCUAGACAAGAAUGGGUCUGGUGAGAUAGAAAUUGGUUUCAUGGAGUGGCUGAAUCUGGCCAUGUUGUAG